AUGUCGUAUGAUGAGCCCACCACGUAUCUCAUCGCGUUGGAUCCAGAGGAGAGUAAUCCAUCAACCAUUGUGCACAGUGCACAUGCAGUUGGUCGUGACCACGACGGUCGUAAAACUUACGAUCGACGGAUUGACAAAUCUGGUCCUCGCCACGACAUGAGCGACUACAGAUAUAUGUCCAAGAAUAGUGACAAGCAUAGCCGAUCUGAUUCAAAUCGUGGCUACCGCACACGUGAGGAACGAUACAACAGUAACAACCGCUAUCAAUACCGCUACGAUAGCUACGAUGAUAAUGACUGA